GUUACUUCCCAUACGCCUUUCCUAUUGGAUGCCGGCCUUUCAUGGGGCCUAGCGCCGCUGGGUAGGCGGAAGUAGCCGCAGGCAUGGCGGCGGCUACGCCGCUUGCUCUGUUUGUCCUGCUGCUUCUCGGGCCCGGCGGCUGGUGCCUUGCAGAUCCCCAGCGCGACAGCCUGCGAGAGGAGCUUGUCAUCACCCCGCUGCCUUCCGGGGAUGUAGCCGCCACAUUCCAGUUCCGCACGCGCUGGGAUUCGGAGCUUCAGCGGGAAGGAGUAUCUCAUUACAGGCUGUUUCCCAAAGCCCUGGGGCAGCUGAUCUCCAAGUAUUCUCUACGGGAGCUGCACCUGUCAUUCACACAAGGCUUUUGGAGGACCCGGUACUGGGGUCCACCCUUCCUGCAGGCCCCAUCAGGUGCAGAGCUCUGGGUCUGGUUCCAAGACACUGUCACUGAUGUGGAUAAAUCUUGGAAGGAGCUCAGUAAUGUCCUCUCAGGGAUCUUCUGCGCCUCUCUCAACUUCAUCGACUCCACCAACACGGUCACUCCCACUGCCUCCUUCAAACCCCUGGGGCUGGCCAAUGACACUGACCACUACUUUCUGCGCUAUGCUGUGCUGCCUCGGGAGGUGGUCUGCACUGAGAACCUCACCCCGUGGAAGAAGCUCUUGCCCUGUAGUUCCAAGGCAGGCCUCUCUGUGCUGCUGAAGGCAGAUCGCUUGUUCCACACCAGCUACCACUCCCAGGCAGUGCAUAUCCGCCCUGUUUGCAGAAAUGCACGCUGUACUAGCAUCUCCUGGGAGCUGAGACAGACCCUGUCAGUUGUAUUUGAUGCCUUCAUCACAGGACAGGGGAAGAAAGACUGGUCCCUCUUCCGGAUGUUCUCCCGAACCCUCACGGAGCCUUGCCCCCUGGCUUCAGAGAGCAGAGUCUAUGUGGACAUCACCAACUACAACCAGGACAAUGAGACAUUGGAGGUGAACCCACCCCCAACCACUACAUACCAGGACGUCAUCCUGGGCACUCGGAAGACCUAUGCCAUCUAUGAUUUGCUUGACACCGCCAUUAUCAACAAUUCUCGAAACCUCAACAUCCAGCUCAAGUGGAAGAGACCCCCAGAGAACGAGAUCCCCCCAGUGCCCUUCCUGCAUGCCCAGCGGUACGUGAGCGGCUAUGGGCUGCAGAAGGGGGAGCUGAGCACACUGCUGUACAACACCCACCCAUACCGGGCCUUCCCGGUGCUGCUGCUGGACACCGUACCCUGGUAUCUGCGGCUGUAUGUGCACACCCUCACCAUCACCUCCAAGGGCAAGGACAACAAACCAAGUUACAUCCACUACCAGCCUGCCCAGGACCGGCUGCAACCCCACCUCCUGGAGAUGCUGAUUCAGCUGCCGGCCAACUCAGUCACCAAGGUUUCCAUCCAGUUUGAGCGGGCGCUGCUGAAGUGGACUGAGUAUACCCCAGACCCUAACCAUGGCUUCUACAUCAGCCCAUCUGUCCUCAGCGCCCUUGUGCCCAGCAUGGUAGCAGCCAAGCCAGUGGACUGGGAAGAGAGUCCCCUCUUCAGCAGCCUGUUCCCAGUCUCCGAUGGCUCCAACUACUUCGUGCGACUCUACACGGAGCCGCUGCUGGUGAACCUGCCGACACCGGACUUCAGCAUGCCCUACAACGUGAUCUGCCUCACAUGCACUGUGGUGGCUGUGUGCUACGGCUCCUUCUACAAUCUCCUCACCCGGACCUUCCACAUCGAGGAGCCCCGCACGGGUGGCCUGGCCAAGCGGCUGGCAAACCUUAUCCGACGCAUCCGAGGUGUCCCCCCACUCUGACUCUUGCCCUUUUCAGCAGCUGCGGCUGCUGUUUCUCUCUGGGGAGGGUUGGCAGUAGGCCCAAGGGCUCUUUCUGCCACUUGCUGUCCUCAGAAUUGGCUUUUGAACCAAAGUGCCCUGGACCGGAUCAGGGCUACAGCUGUGCUGUCCAGUACAGGAUCCACGAGCCAAAUGUGGCGUUUGAAUUUGAAUUAACUUAAAUUAGAAAUUGAUUUCCUCACCUGUGGUGGCCACCUCUAUAUUGAGGUGCUCAAUAACCAAAAGUGGUCAGUGGCUACUGUACUGGACAGCAGAGGAAAAGACUUCCAUCACUGCAGAAAGGUUUGUUGGCAUUUGUUGGCAGCACUGGCCAAGGUGAGGGGGUGUGCUGCACGGUGUGGUCACUGAGUGGUGGAGGGAGUUUACUGAUUGUGGAAUAAAAAUGACGUUUUCUUGGUU